CGGCGCAGCCCUACGUCACCCAUCAGCCUCCACCCAGAACGCGCGCUGUCUGCUGCUCCACUGUGGACAACAAUGACGGAUAACAUUCCGCUGCAGCCUGUCCGACACAAAAAACGACAUGACAACAAACGAAGAGACGGCUGCUGCCCGUGGUCCAGAUGCUGCGGAGGGGGAGAUUUCCGUCCUCGGACCGUGUGGUUGGGCCAUCCAGAAAAGAGAGAGCAGAGAUACCCGAGAAAUGUCAUAAACAACCAAAAAUACAAUUUCUUCACCUUCCUGCCAGGGGUGUUGUUUAACCAGUUCAAAUACUUCUUCAACCUGUACUUUCUUCUGCUGGCCUGCUCACAGUUUGUGAAUGAGCUCAGAUUAGGGGCUCUGUACACGUACUGGGUUCCUCUGGGGUUUGUUUUGAUCAUUACGAUCGCGAGGGAAGCUGUCGAGGAGAUGCGAUGUUACCUACGGGACAAAGAGGUCAAUUCACAGAUCUACAGUAAACUCUCCACAAGAGGAACCAUGAAGGUGAAAAGUAGUGGCAUCCAGGUUGGAGAUCUUAUCAUUGUUGAAAAGAAUCAGCGUGUUCCUGCUGACAUGAUCUUCCUAAGGACCUCUGAAAGAAAUGGCUCCUGUUUUCUGAGGACUGAUCAGUUGGACGGAGAAACUGAUUGGAAACUGCGCCUCCCUGUGGCCUGUACACAGAGACUUCCUACCGCUGCUGAUCUACUGCAGAUCAGAUCAUUUAUUUAUGCUGAAGAACCGAACAUCGACAUCCAUAACUUCAUCGGUACCUUCACUAGAGAAGAUGGAGACCCUCCAGUUAAUGAAAGUCUGAGCAUCGAGAACACUCUGUGGGCGAGCACUGUCAUUGCUUCUGGCACAGUGGUCGGGGUGGUGAUUUACACCGGAAAAGAGCUGCGCAGUGUAAUGAACACCUCCAACCCAAGACACAAGAUCGGCCUGUUUGACCUGGAAGUGAACUGUCUGACUAAGAUCCUGUUUGGUGCUCUGGUGGUGGUGUCUCUGGUCAUGGUGGCCCUGCAGCACUUCGCUGGACGCUGGUAUCUCCAGAUCUUCCGCUUCCUUCUGCUCUUCUCCAACAUCGUCCCCAUCAGUUUGCGUGUGAAUUUGGACAUGGGCAAAAUGGUAUUCAGUUGGAUGAUCAAGAAGGACUCUAAAAUCCCUGGGACCGUAGUCCGAGCCAGUACCUUCCCAGAGCAGCUGGGCCGGAUCUCUUAUCUGCUCACGGACAAAACUGGGACUCUCACUCAGAAUGAGAUGGUGUUCAGACGACUUCAUCUUGGAACCGUGGCGUAUGGGAUGGACUCCAUGGAUGAAGUACAGAGUCAUGUGUUCAGCGCUUACACUCAGCCUCCUCAGGACCUGCAGGCCUCUCGUGCACCGGGCGCCGGCAAAGUGAGGAAGACCAUCAGCAGUCGAGUGCACGAGGCGGUGAAGGCCAUCGCACUGGUGCACAACGUGACCCCCGUGUACGAGUCCAACGGUGUGACAGAUCAGGCAGAAGCUGAGAUGCACUAUGAAGACACAUGCAGGGUUUACCAGGCCUCCAGUCCCGAUGAGGUGUCUCUGGUUCAGUGGACGGAGAGUGUGGGUCUGACGCUGGUUGGGAGAGAUCAGUCUUCAAUGCAGCUGAGGACACCGAGUGGACAAAUACUGAACUUCACCAUCCUGCAGAUUUUCCCCUUCACCUACGAGAGCAAGCGCAUGGGCAUCAUAGUGCGAGAUGAAUCCACAGGAGAGAUCACGUUUUACAUGAAGGGUGCUGAUGUGGUGAUGGCCGGUAUCGUUCAGUACAACGACUGGCUCGAGGAGGAGUGUGGGAAUAUGGCCAGGGAAGGUUUGAGGGUGCUGGUGGUGGCCAAAAAGUCCCUAACGGAAGAACAAUACCAAGAUUUUGAGGCUCGCUACGUCCAGGCCAAGCUGAGCGUUCAUGAUCGUUCCCUGAAGGUGGCCACAGUGAUCGAGAGUCUGGAGAUGGAGAUGGAGCUCUUGUGUCUUACUGGAGUCGAGGACCAGCUGCAGGCCGAUGUCAGACCCACUCUGGAGAUACUGCGCAACGCUGGCAUCAAAGUUUGGAUGCUGACUGGGGACAAAUUAGAGACUGCAACCUGCACAGCCAAAAACGCCCAUCUAGUGACCCGCAAUCAGGACAUCCACGUGUUUAGGCCUGUAACCACUCGAAGCGAAGCCCACCUUGAGCUCAACGCCUUCAGGAGGAAACACGACUGCGCACUGGUGAUAUCAGGAGACUCUCUGGAGGUUUGUCUGAAGUAUUAUGAGUAUGAGUUUAUGGAGUUGGCGUGUCAGUGUCCGGCUGUCGUCUGCUGCCGCUGCGCUCCCACACAGAAAGCCCAGAUCGUUCGACUGCUGCAGGAACGCACCGGCAAACUCACCUGCGCCGUGGGGGAUGGAGGAAAUGAUGUCAGCAUGAUCCAGGAAGCAGACUGUGGCGUGGGAGUAGAGGGCAAAGAAGGGAAGCAGGCGUCUCUGGCUGCAGAUUUCUCCAUCACUCAGUUUAAGCACUUGGGCAGGCUGCUCAUGGUCCACGGCAGAAACAGCUACAAACGCUCCGCCGCGCUCAGCCAGUUUGUCAUCCACCGGAGUCUCUGCAUCAGCACCAUGCAGGCCGUGUUCUCCUCGGUCUUCUACUUUGCAUCUGUUCCACUUUAUCAAGGCUUCCUCAUUAUCGGAUACUCCACUAUCUACACCAUGUUCCCUGUUUUCUCUCUGGUUUUGGAUAAAGAUGUCAAGUCUGAGGUGGCCAUGUUAUAUCCCGAACUUUACAAAGAUCUUCUUAAGGGACGGCCUCUCUCGUUCAAAACCUUCUUAAUAUGGGUCUUGAUCAGUAUCUACCAAGGUAGCAUCAUCAUGUACGGGGCUCUGCUGCUGUUCGAGUCGGAGUUUGUGCACAUCGUGGCGAUCUCGUUCACGUCUCUGAUCCUGACGGAGCUGCUGAUGGUGGCGCUGACCGUGCAGACGUGGCACUGGCUGAUGAUCGUAGCUGAACUCCUCAGUCUGGCCUGCUACAUCGCAUCCCUCGUCUUCUUACACGAGUUCAUCGAUGUGUAUUUCAUCACCACGCUGUCGUUUGUGUGGAAGGUGACGGCCAUCACUCUGGUCAGCUGUCUGCCGCUCUACAUCCUCAAAUACCUGCGCCGGCGCUUCUCGCCUCCCAGCUACUCCAAACUGACCUCCUGAGCCCUUCACCGCCUCCUCCAGCCGCUCAGACGAGCCCAACACUGCGGGACCGUCAGGUUUGAUUCAGCCCCAUGCUAAAAUAACACGUCUGACGCUGCAUCUGUUUUGGUCAGUUGGCUAGUUUUGUCCGUCUGGUUAGAACGGACGCUUGUGUGAUGUGAAGUCCAGACGCUCUGAAUCACUUAAUUUCUCCAGCGUUUAGCUUUCGGUGAAUCACUGUCCCCUGAGGAAGACUAAACACGCUGCUUAGCUUUGGGAAUCGUCCAUCAGACGACAGGGAAGAUUUUCCAUGAGAUUUCAUAAUCUAAUGCUAUUACUCGAUUUUCGACUUCAGUUUUGUGGUGCGUUUGUAUUGUAAUGUGAAAAGAAAAAAAUUGCACAAAGGGGGAAAAGGGAAAUUGGAGUUUAACUUAUUUUAUGGUGUUUUCGGGACCUUUUUAUUUAUUUCCAAAACUACUGAAUAUGCUGAUACGUGUGACUUGAUCAGGUUAAAAACAGAACAGAAUGCAUCUGUUGUACAACCAAAAAUGAUUAAAAAACGAACACUAAUACUGGUGACACUUUAUAAUAAGGCCCCGUUAGUUAAUGAUAGUUAAUGCAUUAACACACAAUAACUAACAGUCAUUACUAUUAAACAAUACUUCACUGAAAUUUUGUAGCAUGUUUUUAAUUUAUUAU